AUGUUAUCGCCAAAUGACUCAUUGCAACUGACGGAUGAGGAUGUGACAACAUUAAGGAAGUGCAGGCAAAUCUCAUUUUGGAGAGGCAGUGUCCCAUUCUCCAUUGGUGCUCUUAUAGCUGUUAGUGCUGCUGAUAAAUAUGGAUGGUUUUCAAAGCGUAAGAUGCUUCGAUUACCAUCUUACAUUCUUGGAGUUACCAUUGGUUAUUUCGUUGGAAAACUUAGUUACGCGGGAGAGUGUAAACGUAUGUUUCUUCAGCUUAACAAUAGUCGAAUCAAAGAUGAAAUCCUUAGAAUGGAAACUACCGGAACAUUUCAACCUACUCCUGGUUCACCUAUAAUUGUAAAUACACCUGUGGAAAAUCAUCCACCUAUGAAUUAUGAACAACGUAGACGGUUUUAUAAUAGGCAACUUGAACAAUCUACGUCUCCAUACCUCAGUUCCAAACCGCAGACAACGAUUGAAGAAGAGAAUACAACAUCCGAUAAAAGAAACUCAAACCUGUCGUACUUCGAUAAUGAUAGACCAACUAGUUCAUUUUAUUAUGAUACUGAUGUCUAUCGACCUCGAGAGGAAUAA